AUGCUGAGUUUGGUGGCUUUUAGACAGUGCACUCUGCGAAGUAAGCACUAUGGGUUUGCUGGGGUUCGCUGCCUCGCUAAUGGCUCUGUUUUGCUGAAGUCAAAUACUCCCAGGUUCGAUGAAGCUGAACUACUAUCAUCCAACUUGACCUCCAAGCGUUACGCUGCCAAAAAGCCCUCUAAAGAUUAUGAGUGGCCCGAUAGGUCUGCGGAAGAGAUGGAAAAGGAGUAUAGAGAUCGGUAUGAGAAGUUUAUGAAGCUGACGGCGGCCUUACAGGGGUUAUUGGUGGUGGCUGGCGUCGGAAUAGCAGCCACAGUGUAUUCCAAGUGGCCUCAGAUCAAAGGCUGGUGGCUCACCAAAGAUAGAAGAGUUGACGAUGACACGCUUGAGAAGUUGGUGAAGAAGAAGGCACAGAAGUGGGCCGCUGACAUUCCUGUCGUCCCGAGCUCUGAACCUGGUUUCGACGUGCCAGGCUUGUAUUACUGGGGUGAGCUAGAAAAUCCAGGAAACAAAAGUUCGCAGAGUAUGUGCUUUCCCAAGAGGAAUUGCCUUUUCGAUGGUAGAUAUUUGCGGGAUGUCUGCCUCUCCAAAGCGAACGGCAUUCAACGUCACCUGGCGAUCGAUGAUGAGGGAAAUCUAUUAGAGUGGAACUCUAAAGAUUUGAAUUGCAUUCUGCCCGGCCAGGAUUUGCUUUCGGUCAAGGUGUCUAAUUCCUGCGCCUAUGCCUUGAACAAGCGAGGGGAAAUCUUGAUUAUCCCACUGGAAUCAGACGACGACAGACUGCGGCACAUCUCCCAGAGGCGGUCCUGGUUAAUGCCUUGGAAAAGUUACACUGUUUAUGACUUCAAACUGCGCACAAAUGAAGUCUUCAAGGACAGAGGUGAGAAAAAGAUCGCUUCUUUCGACACUGGAAGAGAACACCUCGUUCUAAUCUCUAAUACCGGAAAGGCCUACUCCUGCGCUACAGGGACGAAACAGUCAGAUAAUACAAGAUCUCGCGGUCAAUUUGGGUUACCCACACUGUCACACUUCGAUGAGUUUCCUCCCACAAAUAAGCUAUACGAAAUUGAGCUUCUCAACAAUGAGUUGUCUGAUGAUAAGAAGGUUCAAAAACGAAAGAUUGAGCAAGUAGCAUGCGGCGAUUAUCACACGCUGGCUAGGGAUUCCAACGGAGGCUUAUUUGUCUUCGGAUUGAAUCAAUAUGGACAGCUGGGUUUGCCUAUCCUCUACGACAUUGAGCAGGUUCCUUAUCCCAAAAUUUUGAAAAGGUUUAACUGCUAUUUCACACGAGAUGCUGAUGUCAAGUGCACCGACAUCCGUUGCUGCGAUGAGACAUCCUUCGUGACAAUGGCGGCCAAAGGAACUGGGGAUAUUUCAUACUUUGCAUUCGGUAAUGGCCAGUAUGGUGAAUUAGGCAAUGGGAACUUUAAGAACUCCCAAUCGGAGCCUACUCCUAUCAAAGCAAUAGACGCCAAGAUUGAAGAAUGGAGUUGUGGCCGUAGCCACGUUCUAUGCAAGCUGGAGGGCGGCGAUGUGGUUGCAUGGGGCUCAAACGAUCACGGACAACUGGGUACGGGAAAACGUAUCAAACAAGGCAAACCUGUCAGAAUACCCGAUGUUAUAAAACCAGGUCUUAAGACCACACAAGAAGAAAUUUGCCGAACGAAACUAAGACUAGCUCCUCAACAACAUCUAGCUACUGGUGAGGAUUUUAGUUGCAUAUACUGGAGGAGGUAG